AAAAUAUAUAAAAGAGAGCAUUGGAGCAAGUCCUCGAGCUCAUCGACAACCAUUCAAGCAGAUUGACCCAACAUGCCUCUCAUUGCGUCUACCUUCCCUCAGCGCGAACUCGGCAAGACCGGAGAGAAGGUCUCAGCCCUGGGCUUCGGUACCAUGGGCAUGUCUGCCUUCUACAGCGGCCUCAACGAUGACGAGGCGUCCCUCAAGGUCCUGACUGCCGCUGCAGACAUGGGCUGCACCUUCUGGGACACCGCCGCCAUCUACGGUACAAACGAGGCCCUACUGGGCCGAUGGUUUAAGGAGACUGGUCGACGCAAGGAGAUAUUCCUUUGCAGCAAAGGUGGUAUUGACCUACAAAAGUUCUGUGCCGACAGCUCUCCAGAGAAGAUCCGGGAGCUGUGCGAGCGUUCUCUGCAGCAACUGGGAGUCGACCAGAUUGAUCUCUACUAUCUGCACCGUAUUGAUGACAAGGUCCCGAUUGAAACCUCCAUGGAAACACUCAAGGAGCUCGUCAAUGAAGGCAAAAUCAAAUACAUUGGCUUGUCUGAGGCUUCUGCAGACACGCUGCGUCGCGCUCAUAAGGUUCACCCAGUCACGGCACACCAGAUUGAGUACUCACCCUUCACCCUCGAUAUUGAGCGUGAUGACGUCAAUGUUCUCAAGACAUGCCGCGAGCUUGGCAUCACGACUGUCGCCUACUCGCCCCUGGGUCGUGGCAUGCUGACUGGCAAGUACAAGUCUGUCGAUGACUUUGACGAGAAUGACUUCCGUCGCAACAAUGCACGUUUCCAGGGUGACAACUUUGCCAAGAACUUGAAGGUUGUGGAUGACAUCAAAGCGAUUGCCGAGAAGAAGCAAGCAACAUCUGGCCAAGUCACGCUUGCUUGGCUCAUGGCACAGGGAGAAGACAUCAUCCCAAUUCCUGGUACGAAGCAGCUCAAAAACUUGCAGGAGAAUGUACAAGCAGCAUUCAUGCAGUUGGAUAGCAAUGAAGUGGCUGAGAUUCGUAAGGUCGUCGAUGCGGCCGAGGUGCAUGGCGAACGAUACGGCGCUGGAGGCUUGCAGAGCUUUGGCGACACACCUAAGCUUUAGAUAGUUGCUGGCUUGUGU